AUGUUAGUCCAUGUAAUAGUUGCAGAACUCGGAAAAUUAUUCGAUAUCUCGAGCAGAAAGUCCCAUUGGAUCAUGAGUCUCUUCGCUAUUUUCAAAUACCUAUUUCUGUUUUAUCUGGUAUCAUCAUACAAGUCUCUCCCAGGGGCCUACUUUGUAAGAUUUUUCUGGGCAGCUUUUCCAUCUUAUCUGCUCCCCAGAUUGCUUGGCAUUCGAGAAACUGAGAAUAUCAAGAAACUCCAAAGGAACAAAUACGGCUGUUUUGCACAUGCAACCACUUCUACUUAUGUCUCCCCCUUUGAAGUCGAUUUUUACUUACAUAAGAGUAAUAGCACUUAUUUCGAAGAAUUGGAUUUUAACAGAACUGCCCUAAUGACUAGAAUUUUUCAAAAAUUGGGCUUGGAAAAAGGACUUCCCUACAUUCCUGUAGCCAAUGUGUUUACGAAUUUUCUGAAAGAAAUUAAGCCAUUUGAAAAAUAUCAAAUCACUUCUGUUAUCCUGUGUUGGGAUCAAAAAUGGAUAUACAUUAUGAGUAGAUAUACUAAGAAGAAUGGUAAAGUACUAUGCUCUCUUUCAUUGACUAAAUAUGUUUUGAAAGAAGGUAGAAAAACUGUACCACCUAGAGUUGCUCUAGAAUAUUGUGGACUGUACAACGAAGAAGCAGCUGAAAUUUCUGAGAGGAACCUAAAGUUUCUAUCCAAGAGUGGGUUCGACAAUACUGUUGAAUUGGAGAAUUUGGAGCACUCAUACAUGAAGCUCUGA